CCAUGAACAGCUUCAUAUAGGUACGUAAAUAUAUACAGUGUAUCGCCGCUGAACUGUCUAACCCCAUCGCCACGUAACAAUGCGAGAGUUAAACUCUGUACGCAGGGCUCGGAAACACAGGAGGUAGCGUUGAUCACAAUAUCCAGAAGACUGUAGAACGUACAUGUAUGCACACGCUGCAAGCUUUUACACGACGUGAUCGCACCAUCAAAUAGACCGUAUAUGGUACAAAGCAGGGUGUAUAAUUUAGCGUAUACGUUUCAUUAGGUACAUGGUGAGCAGCCCGAAAUCGCAGGUGCGAGUCCGACACCAUGUUGAGCGAGAUGGAGGACUCCAGGACGGAUGUGCGGAUGUCCCAUUUCCCAAUCUGUCCUUUGUGGAUGUGUCGGGCGAGAGCCAUGCGAGCACACACAGUGGAUCAGCACUACGUACGCCACAGCCACCGCACACCACAAGAGGCCACACGUAUACGCGCACAGAAGCUCCGUACACACGCUCCUAUCUGCGAGCAGGAGAGAGCACUCGUGCAACCACACAGGGGUAUAUGGGGGUGACGACGAGACCGCUGACAUUCCGCAGUGGCUAUGGAUACACCGAUAGACUAAAUAUGGGCCAUGCACGUUUGCGCCAGGCACCUGUCAGUACAACCAAGACACCCGUGCAUACCAGUGCGCUGGUAGAACGUGCUUAUAACAGCGAAUACGAUACGAAAGUCAUCGAAUCCGACGAGUACAUGCCAGAUGCCAAUACACAGGCAGGGAAAAGGGGAAUUGGUAUUGGGAGUGAAGACCGAUCUGGAGGUGGCGCCAACGCUUUCUACGGAGAUGCAAUCCUCGCGUAUAGGAACCAUACUUUUGCAGGCAGAAAUGAAUUUCCCGAAAGUGAUGGCAGGACGGAUACAACCGGAAACAACGCAGGUGUAGGCGAUCCCGAGGAUCCCAUAACGCCCUUGUACAUGCUGCAUGAUUUCUCUCGAGUGUACGAACUGAUUGAUCGCCAGCGAGCACUGAGUACAGGUCAAUUAAGGCAAAGUAGGGAAUCUGCUGAGGAAGCCGCACAUCUGCCAUCCCGGCUGCUACCCCCAGCGGAAAUGGUGGAAUCUUCUGUAGUCAGUCCGCAGCAUUCGGAUCACGAGACAACGAACGAAGACACUGGUCCUGCGCCAGAAGAACCUACAAACGGCACCACUUCUGAGGAAGCUGCGUCCACCAAUCAUCGCGAGCCAUCGGGAGAGUGUAACGACGAGUGCUCGGUGCUAUCCACUGAUAUCAGCGACGAUGGCAUGCGCGUGCGUAUCGCUGAGAAAACACACAAGGGUAGACGUAUGCGACCGAAAGCCGCUCAGGCAUCGGCAGCCGAAGUACCACACCAAGUAUUAGAUGUCAAACUUAUACCUGAACGAUUACCGUUCGAGAAUUCUACAGUUGUUACAGAGCGACAGAAGAAUACCUGCUCGACUAAGGAUGCUGCAGCCACGAGCCCCGCAUCAUCCAAGGCGGCACAACCACUCGGAGUCGAUGAGCUGAGCGUGACACGCGCUGACAGUGAUCGCCCAGUAGUAGCAACCGAGAACAGGUUGAAAGCUGAGAAGUCCCAGGAAGGUCUCGACAUCACCAACACACGACGAUUGAGCACACAGUCAUGGGUGGGUGCGCAGAACACUGGGAGACCCUCGCCACACCCGGUUACCGAAGCACGUGCGAGCAACAUGGACGAGGCAAGCAGAGAUGCAUGUGGGGCACCGGCUGAAGCUAAGACGCCUUUGGGUGGGCAUGAGCAGGGCUACAAUCCUGGCCGCGAAAGCGCGAGAGUGCAAGAGGCCGGGGUAAAGAUUGUCCACAACUGGAACUUGGGUGGAGGUGCGCUGAAGUCCGAUGUCUCGGGGUUGUCUGACUCUUUCGCUUUCAGUGACUCGGAAACGAGUGUCACAAUCGCUACUUCGGUGUCUGGCUUUUCGGAUGGUUCCUUGCGGCACUACCCUCCUCUAAAGCUAUCAAUGCCACUUUCUGUCAAGACGGAUAUAGCCUUGGAACGCUCUCAGUAUGUAUCUGAUGUGGCCCUGGACGCUGUUGUCGACCCCGAUACUAGUGACAGGGACCUGCCGCAGCACAUGGCUGUGUCGACAAACACCAUACAGCGCGUUAGUAGAGAUGGUCAGCCCUACUUGUCUGUAGUGACGUCUAGUGAUUCAGAGGCACACAGUCGCGUGAGUGUGGGGAGUGACGAGCAAUCUGCUAUACGCGUGCUCCAGGAGUGUCUGCCUAUCACUGGCAAUUUACGCAUGAUUAGUACAGAGCAAACACCUACAGACACGGUCAGGGCUGUCGACCAGGCCGGGCUGGUUAGACGAGGUAUUGGUCCUCAGUCUUCCGACAGAAAUAUGCGCACAACGCAUGCGAUGGCACGAACACCGUCAUCGGAGCUAUCAGAAGUUGACUCAGAGAUCACGCUUAAGGGAAUCGAUGCAGAAGAGAGAGGAGCGAGCUCAAGUGACGCCAGCCAUGACUCGUACGCACGUCUGGGCCAGUCUGCCUUCGGCACAUUGGGCACAGACUACUCAACUACCACAACCGAGGCGUUCAGUGACAGCAGCAGCUACGACGGAGAUGUCAGCAGCGCCAUGUCGCACCUGUCUGUCGUCGCGGAGUCUCACAAGGAGGUCCCGCGCGUGCAGUCGCCAGCAGAUCGAUCGCACGCAGAGCCCGGCACUGCCGAGGUGCACCCGGUGCCGUAUAGCGAUGUGAUGCGAAGCCUGUCGCGGAACAACACACAUCAUCUGUCAGUAGUGGCCGAGUCUAGCAUACUUGGCGUGACCCACUUGCCUGGGGAUGACAUACCAGAACAGAUACAUGUGCGCAUGUCCGCACUUGGGAGGGCAUACAGUCAACCUCCAGAGUCAGAGUCUGUUCCCGUGAGAAGUCACUCGCAAGCCACCUCAAAUUCGGUGCGAGUCGACACACAGACCCCAGUACCGGCAGUGGCUGAUGCCACACCUCAGAAUAUAGAUAGUACUCGCAGAGAGGAGGUGCAAAGUAGCUUUGCUGUGACGCGUCGUUCUGCCACGGGAUAUCACGACGGCGCCUCUAAGCGCUCGGGGCUGUCGCACAGCCCGCAGUCGACAAGGUCAAGUGAUACAAGUCUAUUCAGUGGCAGUGCGGAUGUUAGCGAUGCGAGUGGGGAUGCGGAAGGCACUCAGGACGAACUAUCGAUAGUCUAUGAGUCACCAAACAGUGUAGCGCACACUACGGGCCGAGGGAGCCCGCGAGCAGCUCGGAGUCUAACGUAUGAGACAACCGCUCAGCCUUCAACAGCAACGAGGCGUGACUGUGGUGCACCCGAAAGGGUAGCCAAAAGGUCGUAUGGGGAAGCAUCAAAUGGCCUGCGCAUGAAUGGUGAUGAUCUCGAUAUUGAACGGGAUUGGACCGGCGUAGAGCACGGGAAAUCGAUGCGUGACGGUGCAGAUGCAGAGUCCAGCUGUGCGCAGUUAGGUGGUGUGGUCAAUCAAACGGACAGCCGGAACGCUUCAAGCGACAGCAAAAGUGAUUCACGAGCGAGUAGCGGGCAGCGCAAGACUACUGUGCAGAGCCCCGUGGCGCCACUUGUGGUGGAAGUAUAUACCUACCACGACGCGCUGGCAACGGGAAGUUUGUCAAACAGAACGCGACAGGUGGUAUCGGGUCAGGAGCCAUUUUCAGGCCAUACCUUGGAUCAAUCGGAUAUAGAGACACACAAUAGGGAAGCAAUUCCUGCACGAGCACAUCCAGGCCGUACACAUGGACCACAGGACAGUUCAAUCAAAGUCAUUGAAGUGAACGACGCUACACCACGCGUACAUGUGGACGCGGAGAGCAACGAGGGUGAGACCAAUAUCGCAGGUCAAACUCUUGGCGCAGCGACCCUCACACCAACACCGCAAGCGCCCGGCCUGCUGGCGACAGGUGAAGGGAAGGUUUGCACAGGCGUUGAUGAGGGAAGUGCGUCAAAGAACACACUGGACAUGACGGCUGGACCGUCUGUGGUGGCUGUGGAGCGACAGCAGGGAUCGUUCAGCUUGAAGGAUGUGCAGAAUCGAAUCGAUCAAGCGAGGAAGCAAUUGUCGAAUAUCGCAGCGAAUUUGGGGGCUCGAUCGUCGUAAGAUACUGCGUACGACUAUUUAUUUGGUUCAGAUGCAAC